AUGGGGCACAAAGAAAAGAAAAAAGAUAAGCAUUUGCAACAAAUAUCACUUUUGAGGACCAUUCCUUAUUCAGAUCAUCAGAGGUGGUGGUCUAAGGAAACAAUUGCUGUGGUUACUGGUGGAAAUAGAGGAAUUGGAUUUGAAAUUUCAAGACAACUUGCUGAUCAUGGUGUAACUGUGAUCCUAACAUCAAGAGAUGCUAGUGUUGGUGUUGAAUCAAUUAAGGUCUUACAAGAAGGUGGUCUUGAUGUGCAUUGUCAUGAACUUGAUAUAUUAGAUUCUUCAUCCAUCACCCAAUUCUCUGAGUGGUUAAAGGAAAAUUAUGGAGGCCUAAAUAUUCUGGUAAAUAAUGCAGGUGUUAAUUUCAAUUUUGGGUCUGAUAAUUCAGUUGAAAAUGCUCAUAAGGUCAUUGAAACAAAUUAUUAUGGAACCAAGCGUAUGAUUGAAGCUAUGAUUCCACUGAUGAAGGUAUCCCCUGCUGGUGGCCGUAUUGUAAAUGUGAGCUCGCGUCUAGGUCGACUAAAUGGAAAACGAAAUAGAUUGGAGAAUGAUGCUUUGAGAGAGCAACUAAGCGAUGUGGAGAAUCUUACGGAAGAACUAAUUGAUGGUGCUGUGAAUGCUUUUCUACAACAAGUAGACGAUGGAACAUGGGAAUCGGGAGGAUGGCCUAUAAGAUUUACGGAUUAUUCUUUGUCGAAACUAGCUGUUAAUGCUUAUACAAGAUUGAUGGCAAAAAAACUUUCUGAUAGACCAGAUGGUGAAAAGAUAUUUAUCAACUGCUAUUGUCCUGGUUGGGUUAAAACAGCUCUUACAGGGUAUGCAGGAAGUGUUUCAGUUGAACAAGGUGCUGAUACCGGAGUGUGGCUUUCGCUUAUUCCUGAACAAGCAAUUACAGGAAUGUUUUUUGCAGAAAGAAGAGAAAUAAACUUCUAA